AUGGAAUUAAAAGAAUACGACCUAGAUAUAUAAGAACUUAAACAAUUGCUUGAAAAAGCCUAAAGAUAAUCAGUAAGGGAAUUAUUAAUAAAGGAAAAUUCAGGUAAUUGGGCACAACUUUAAUAUAAAGAAAGUACUUUUAAAAAGCCUAAAGAAAAUGAAUUAGAUUCGGGAGAUCCUUAAGCUUCUUUAAUGAAACUAAUGAAAGAAAUGUACGAAAAUGGAGACGAUGAAAUGAAAAAAACUAUCGCUAAAACUUGGACUGAAUAAUAAAAUAAGAAAGGAUAAGCUUUAUGA